AUGGCCGCCGUUCCACACUACCCCGAAUUUGACUGUGAGUCAACAGCCAAAGCAGCAAGAUGGACAAAAUACAUAAAAAGACUGAAAAACUAUUUUGUCGCACAUAACAUUGAGGAUGACAAACGGCAAAAAGCAAUCCUUCUAACGUUUGUCGGCGAGGCUACGAAUGACAUCAUCGACGAAAUACCACAGGAGCGAGUCACACCAGAAAAAAAUGAAACACAUUUCGACAAGCUUGUCUCAGCGGUGCACAACCACUUCAACCUGGAAAACGACACGGAAUACAACCGAUUUGUGUUCCGGAAAAUUAAACAAAAUAGCCCAGGCAUCGAAGAAUUCUACCGCAAACUAAAGGAAGCUGCGUCUAUGUGCCGUUUUUCCGACAUGGAUUCCGAGGUGAAGUCCCAACUAAUUACAGGCUACCUGUCGGAAAAGGUCCGCCAGAAGGGACUCAUGAACUCGGAUAUGUCACUACAUGACUUAAUAAACUACGCAAGGACAACGGAGACGAUAGCGUCGCACCUACAAACAAUGCGACUGGAAGACAACAACACCGCUACUGCUACAACCGCCCCAAUAAACAAAGUCGCGGACGAACAGCGCCGACCAAGUAACUAUCCCCGGCAAUACCGGUGCAGGAAUUGCAACGGAAAAUACCCUCAUGAGCGGGGACCGAUGUCUUGCGCGGCAUUUCAUACCCAGUGCACAUAUUGCGGAAGGUGGGGACACUUCACCUCUGCCUGUUUCAGAAGAUUAAACGACGGAAACAGACAACGGGAAACAAAUCAUCCCCCACGAACACAGACCAAUCGACGCUCAGUGAACCGCAUUGAAAACGACCAACGGAACCCACAUAGCAGUGGUAGUGAUACAGAAUACGUGUUCCACACAGCUGGAGCUCGGAACUUGCCAUCUCCAAUUGAAAUGGAUACUCCAGCAAACAGGAGUUCAUCUUUAUUUUUGGGGCUUACCAACCAAAUAAAAGGGCAACUUGAUGAACAAUCACAAACUCUCCACAAAAUCAAUUCCACAGUCCAGAAACUUGAAGCUGAAAACGCUCUUUAUAAACAAGAAUUGAUGACCGCCCACACCAAUAUUCACCAGUUAUCAUCUCUUUUGGAUAACGAACGACGAAAAUCCCAUUUGUCUUUGGAGAGACACUUCAUCCAAAUGCAAGAAAUGCUGUGCACAGAAACGAAGAGAAUGUCACAUGAAAUAAAUGAAUUGAAGCUUAAAUGUUGUCAACAGAAUUUUCCUGCCACUCCUUCAUCAACUGCUUCUAGCAGUUUCCAACAAAGCAAGAGAUUGUCACAAAAUGCAACAUAUUUGCGUCCUCAAAAUGAUGUUUAUGAAGACGCUCUCAAGUUUUAUCAAAAAGUUAAACGUCCAACAACAGUUGCUUCAACAGAUUUUCAAAAUCCAUUGUACUCCUCUUCAAAUGUCCAACAGAUGUCAACAAAAUAUAAGUCGGCACCUUGUCCACAACCGUCUGUGCCAGAGCCACAAGUCAUGUCUCCCCUCAACUCCAUCCAGAAAAUGCUACACCCUAGACAGUCACGCAAGAAAAUUCAUGACAAAACCUCUAGAACUGAUGCCAGCCGUUCGAAAAUGUCCAACACUUCAUCUGACCAAGACCUUGAUUCUUCCCUAAACCAGAACAUAACUAUUUCUUCCACUCAGAAUCUCACAUUGCAGGGUGAUGAAGAUCUUCAUUCUGAUGAUUCCAAUUUUGAUUUGCAUGAUUCUCGCAUCACCCAUUCGCGGGUUUUUCCUUUCAUUUGUUCGGGUCCAUUGGUAUUUUUCCUUAUCUGUCUGUAA